AUGGUGAAAUCCCGGCCGCCGUACAAGCCGCCGCCUACCGGCCGGACCAACCUCGCCUCCUGCAUAGUCGCCACCGUCUUCCUCAUCUUCAUCGUCAUUGUCGCCCUCAUCGCCUUCUUCACCGUCUUCAAGCCCAAGCCUCCCAUCCUCGCCGUCAACGCCGUCCAGAUCCCGUCCUUCUCCGCCGCCAACGCCACCGUCGGCUUCACCUUCUCCCAGUACGCCACCCUCACCAACCCCAACCACGCCGCCUUCACCCACUACGACAGCUCCCUCCGCCUCCUCCACGCCGGCGUCCAGGUCGGCCUCAUGUUCAUACCCGCCGGAAAAGUCGACGCCGGACGUACCCGCUUCAUGGCCUCCACCUUCUCCGUCCAGCCGUUCCCCCUCGCCGGCGGCACCGCCCCCGCCCCCGCCCGGCCCGAAAGCGUCGUACCGAGCGUAACGGACGGGCUCGACGGGUUCCGGGUCGGGCCGAGUCUGGAGGUAGAGUCGGUUAUGGAGAUGACGGGCCGUGUUCGGGUCUUGCACUUCUUCACGCACCACUUGGAGGUUCGGGCCGACUGUCGGGUCUCCAUCGCCGUCGGCGAUGGGUCUGUCUUGGGCUUCCACUGUUAA